UUUUCUUAUCCCGUUAUGACCUAUUACCAACACUGAAAACAACAACAACUUAAAAUGGCGGCACCCAUGAUGAAAACAUUGAGGUCAUUAAGAAAUCUUUACUGUCGACAUUUAAGAGAUGUACGAAGGACUUACCUGUCAGACUCCUAUUCUUGUGAUGAGGCAUGGAAAAAACGUCUGGACAAAUCCUAUAUUGAGAAAUUAGAUGCAAAACUUUUUGGGAUAGAGUUAUGGACCAAGUCAGAUACAACUCAUUUAGUCAAGAGACUUGACAUGAAUCUAUUUGCCACUAAGCUUCAUACACUCAGUAAUGAGGAUGAGUACAUAGCCAAAGAAAUUAUAUACAGGUUCCGUCACAGCCAGUCCUCGUUCCCCAUACAAGACUCCAUUGGCCACGCCAUUGUACGGAGCUACAUAAAGGCAGGAUGGGCCAAGGAACUUCUCCAGAUGAUUAAAGACAAGGAUAGGUAUGGAAUUUUCCCAGACUUCCAAGCCAUGUGCAUGUUGCUAGACUACCUUCUCACUGAAAACAAGUAUGCAGAGGCAGCCAGCCUGGCCUAUGAGGUGAUGCUACAGGAGGACUUCUCACACACGCUGACUAACCUGUUGUCACUGAUAGCUGUUGUGAAGCACUUCACACGCACGUGCACCUUCCAACGGUACGAGCGACCGGCCAUCAAUACUGAUGAGGAACCACAGUAUGUCGCAGUAACAAUCAUCACAAACCCACAUUAUGAUGAUCAUUUCGAUAUCAAAGAUGAACGCUUACUGCUGGGUAAAACCAUGUACUAUCUUGGGAAAGAAACCCAGGGCCUUCCCAAAACUUUGUCCAGAACUCUGCAGCUGAUUGGUCUAGGGCUUUAUGAAAAAUUUGAAUUAGCCAAUCAAAUUUUAGAGUCUUGGCUUCAGGAGGAUUCUGCAGAUGGUGUGAUCCAUGAAUUUGCACUUCAGAAGUACAGUGAGUAUUUGGAGGAGGCGCCAACCAGAGACCCCAAUAAACCUCCAGUGAAGAUGGGUGAAAAGACCCUUGAUGACGAAAUUGAAUUGCUUAGGCUUACACCAGAUGAAAAGGCCAGCUGUAUUGAGAAACUGAAUGCUUUAAAGUCCCAGCUUGUUUCAAACAAGAAACUCAUCGGUGAGUUCAACCUGGAGAACGCCGUGGAAGAAUUCAUAUGGCAACAAGACCUUCCAAAACUGGAGCAGGAGGAUUCAAAAGUUCUCGAGAGCAAUUAUCAGAGGUGGGCAGAAGAGGUCGACAAUCGCCUGAAGAUGUAUGUAGUGGAGGAGAAGACGAGAAAGGUCGAAGAGGAGAUUCAGAAGAAGCUGGAGGCUUUGCAAGAGCGAGAGGAGUUGCUGACGUACUUUGACCACCUGAAGGAGAUAAGGUUCUACCAGAAGUCCAAGGAAAAGGAGGUGAAGAAGAAGGAAGUGGAGGAGGAUUAUGUGGCAGCCCCUGGAGAGAGGAACGUGAAGAAGAAAUAAGACAAAUCGGGAGAAACAAAUUGUGUAUAAACAAAAAUGGCUUGUUUUAAGUGCACAAAUUAUAGUCAAAGAAUAUUAUAUAUCAGCCUUGCUCAGGAAAAAACGGGCUGUAUGCAUGUUCCAUCAAGCGUCAUACCAGAUUAGCCUGUGUAGUCCCCACAGGUUGAUCAGGGUGGACACUUUCUGGUUUAUUUAAUUUUUUGUUUAGAGGAAGUCUCUUAUCAGUAAAACUCCAGUCAAGUCGGAAUGAUUCUUCGCAGAGUAGCCUGUGUGAACUGCACAGGCUAAUGUGUGACAACACUUUGUGCACAUGCUUUAAACCGCUUUUCCUCGUGUGCAAGGAAAAUUGGCCGUGUAAGUGCACACAUUAUUGUCGAAGCAAAUUAUAUAUGUGAAAAUCUUGAAGAAAUUAUUUAUGGAAUUCUAAUAAAAUUUGUAUAAACAAAAA